AUGGCGAAUUUGGAAUCGGAGCAGCAUUCAUCUGAAAUGGAAGAGAUGAAGAAGAAGAGUAAGAAAAGAGCCAGAGACGAGGCGAAGAAACUAGAGCAGCCAGCGGUGGAUGACGCAGAGAGCGAAGAAAUAAGAGCGACAAGUGAUGAAGAGUUGAAGAAGAAAAAAAAGAAGAAGAAGAAGAGUAAAAAAGUGAAGCUCGAAGAACAAGACAAUGGCGAAGAAGAAAUAACAGCGAUAAGCGAUGAAGAACCGAAGAAGGAUGAAAAAGCGAAGCUCGAAGAACAAGACAAUGGCGAACAAGAAGAAGAAAAGGAAACUAGUGGGAGUGGUAUAAUGACAAACGAAACGUUUGAGUCAUUGGGAUUAUCUGAUCACACUUAUAAAUCCAUCAAGGAGAUGAAAUUUUCACGCAUGACUCAGAUUCAAGCUAAAGCAAUUCCACCAUUGAUGAUGGGAAAAGAUGUACUUGGAGCUGCCAGGACCGGUUCUGGUAAAACCUUAGCUUUUCUUAUUCCGGCUGUAGAGCUUCUGUACCAUGUUCGGUUUUCUCCUCGCAAUGGAACAGGAGUCAUCGUUAUCUGCCCAACAAGAGAGCUCGCCAUUCAGUCAUAUGGAGUGGCAAAAGAGCUUCUCAAGUAUCAUUCACAGACUGUGGGAAAGGUGAUUGGUGGUGAGAACAGAAAGAAGGAAGCUGAGAUUCUUGUGAAAGGUGUUAAUCUGUUAGUAGCAACCCCUGGAAGACUUCUCGACCACCUUGAAAACACUAAUGGAUUUGUAUUCAAGAGGUUGAAGUUUCUUGUGAUGGAUGAGGCUGAUAGGAUACUGGAACAGAACUUCGAAGAAGACAUGAAGAAGAUCAUUAAGCUUCUACCAAAGACAAGGCAGACGGCACUGUUUUCCGCUACACAGACUUCCAAGGUUGAGGAUCUUGCUCGGGUGUCACUUUCGUUACCUGUUUAUAUUGAUGUCGAUGAAGGACGAAAAGAGGUUACGAAUGAAGGCUUGGAGCAAGGUUACUGCGUUGUGCCAUGUGCGAAGCGGUUGAUUUUCUUGCUCACCUUCUUGAAGAGAUUCCACACGAAGAAGAAGAUCAUGGUGUUUUUCUCCACUUGCAAAUCGACAAAGUUUCACGCGGAGCUCUUUCGGUACAUCAAAAUAGGCUGCCUUGAGAUUCGUAGAGGGAUUGAUCAGAGCAAAAGGACUGCAACGUUUUUCGAGUUCAUAAAGGCGGAAACUGGUGUCUUGUUGUGUACUAACGUCGCUGCCCGUGGUCUUGAUAUUCCUCAUGUGGACUGGAUUGUUCAGUAUGAUCCUCCAGAUGAUCCUACGGAAUAUAUUCAUAGAGUUGGUAGAACAGCUCGUGGAGAAGGAGCAAAAGGAAAGGCUCUGCUUGUGCUAACUCCAGACGAGUUGCAGUUUAUUCAGUAUCUCAAGGCGGCGAAGAUUCCUGUUGAGCAACACGAAUUCGAGGAAGGGAAAUUGCUCAACGUGCAGGCUUUUCUGGAGAAGAUGAUGAGUGAAAACACUGCAUUAGGCCUGUCAGCAAAAGAAGCAUACAAGACUUACAUAUCAGGAUAUGAUUCUCACUCUAUGAAAGAUGUCUUUAAUGCUCACCGACUCGAUCUCAAGGAUGUUGCAGCUUCUUUCGGUUUCACAUCAGUACCAAAUGUAGCUCUGAAGAUUGAUCGAGAAGGAGGAAGAGGGUACAGGAGCAAGAGAGAAGACGCUUAUCGCAGACCUCGUGGCGGUAGAUCCGGCUUUAGAGGCGGCGGUAGAGACGGCGGUAGAUCUUACAUGAUGUACUAA